GGUCAUGAACGGGCCGGCGGACGGCGAAGUGGACUACAAGAAGAAGUACCGGAACCUGAAGCGGAAGCUCAAGUUCCUCAUCUACGAACACGAGUGCUUCCAGGAGGAACUGAGGAAGGCGCAGAGGAAGUUGCUGAAGGUGUCCCGGGAUAAGAGUUUCCUCCUAGACCGACUUCUGCAGUACGAGAACGUGGAUGAAGAUUCUUCUGACUCAGAUGCCACUGCAUCUUCAGAUAACAGCGAGACAGAGGGAACACCCAAGUUGUCGGACACGCCAGCCCCCAAGAGCCCCCUCCCCUGUCCUUUCUCCAGGAAGAGAAGCCCUCCACUGGGGGGUGUCCCCUCCCCCUCCAGCCUCUCCCUGCCUCCUUCAACAGGGUUUCCCCUUCAGGCCUCGGGGGCCCCCUCCCCAUACCUGAGCUCGCUGCCCGAGCCCAGCCCCCUGAGGCCCAAGCGGGAGAAACGGCCCCGCCUGCCCCGGAAACUCAAGGCUGAGCAGGAGUGGAAGGAAGACGAGAGACAUGGUGAGAAUAUUGUUUGGGCUGACGCAGGAGUGAGAAGAGAGAAGGACGUCGGAAGGAAAGACAGGAUGGCCGUGGGACCCCCUGACUGCCCUGUGGGAGGGCCGCUGACUUUCCCAGGCCGGGGUUCUGGGGCUGGGGUGGGGGCAGCCCUGGCCCCACUGCCGCCCCCCAAGAUGCCUCCCCCCCACGAUCCUCAGCGCCGUCCCUCGGCAGAUGUUCAGCGACGCGGGCAGCGGGGACGAUGCCCUGGACGGGGAUGAUGACCUGGUGAUCGACAUCCCGGAGUGAUACCCCCACCCCCACCCCCGGCCAAGCCCUUGCCCCGUGCCCGAUGCCAGCACACACGAGCCCCCAGCUUCCGCAGAGACGUUUAUUGACGCCCAGUUGCCAUGCUGCGGCCACUGACACAAUCAGAAAAGGCGUAAACAUGCACGAACGUCCCCUGGAAGGUGGGUCCCCACUGGGGAGGGCACAGGCCCUGCCCUCACAUCCCAGCCCCAUCCAGGGGACAGUUAUUUAAAUGAGUGGCCAGGAGCACUGCCACCUCUCCGAGAGGCAGAGACCCUGCAGUGGCCCCCCACUUAAAAGGGCAGCUGUACAGGGCUAGGUUGGUUGGUUGGUUGGUUUUUAACGAAGAUUCUGUAUUAAAGGAGUGGCUCUUUUUUG